UAUGGACGUAAAACAAGUCUCGAUUCUUCGAGAAUGUUUUCAUUAAUCAAGAACGAAAGUCGGAGGUUCGAAGACGAUCAGAUACCGUCGUAGUUCCGACCAUAAACGAUGCCGACCAGCGAUCCGGCAGUGUUAUUCCCAUGACCCGCCGGGCAGCGUCCGGGAAAACGUGCAGCUGGCAUUUAUUUUACAUAAAUAUUGCGAACUAAAAGGCAGGUCAGUAAGGAAAUUAGCUGCAGCCAUAUGUAAACAAAGAGCUUUUUCCGUUGAAAAUCUCGUGAGUAAAUGCUUAAAUCCCUGAAUUCUUUAUAGAUAUGGACGUGAAACAGUCUUGAUUCUUGGUCAAAAGCCAAAAAAAUUGUGCAGGUCGCAUUUAUUUUACGUAAAUAUUGCGAACUAUGAGGCUAGUCAGUAAGGAAAUUGGUGCCGCCAUAUUUAAGUAAACAAAGCUUUUUCCGGAAAAUUCUUGUGAAUAAAUGCUAAAAUCCCUCAAUUCUUUGGAGAUACGGACAUAAAACAAGUCUCGAUUCUUGCUUAAAAGCAAAAAAAUAAAAUAAAAAAUAAUAUAUAUAUAUCUAUACGUGCAGCUAGCAUUUAUUUUACAUAAAUAGUGCAAACUAUGGGGCUAGUUAGUAAGAAAAUUAAAAGCCGCCUUUUUCCGUUGAAAAUUCUUGUGAAUAAAUGGUUAAAUCCCUGAAUUCUUUAGAGAUAUGGACGUAAAACUAAGUCUCGAAUCUUGUUUAAAAGCAAAAAAAAAAAAAAACGUGCAGCUGGCAUUUAUUUUACGUAAAUAUUGCGGACUAAGAGGCAGGUCAGUAAGGAAAUUAGCUGCAGCUAUUUGUAAACAAAGCUUUUUCCGUUGAAAAUCUCGUGAGUAAAUGCUUAAAUCCCUGAAUUCUUUAUAGAUAUGGACGUGAAACAGUCUCGAUUCUUGGGUAAAAGCCAAAAAAAUCAUGCAGGUAGCAUUUAUUUUACGUAAAUGUUGUGAACUAUGAGGCUAGUGAGUUAGGAAAUUGGCGGCCGACAUAUGUAAACAAAGCUUUUUACGUUGAAAAUUCUUGUGAAUAUAUGCUUAAAUCCCUACAUUCUUUAUGGAUACGUGCGUAAAACAGUCUCGAUUCUUGCUUAAAAGCAAAAAAAAAAAAAAAAAAUGCAGAUAACAUUUAUUUUACGUAGAUAUUGCGAAUUAUGAGGCUAGUCAGUAAGGAAAUUGGCGGCGCCAUAUGUAAACAAAGCUUUUUCCGGAAAAUUCUUGUGAAUAAAUGCUGAAAUCCCUCCAUUUUUUUGAGAUAUGGACAUAAAACAAGUCUUGAUUCUUGCUUAAAAGCAAAAAAAAAAUAUAUAUAUAUAUAUACAUAAGUGCAGCUAGCAUUUAUUUUACAUAAAUAGUGCAAACUAUGGGGCUAGUUAGUAAGAAAAACAGCUGCCGCCUUUUUCCGUUGAAAAUUAUUGUGAAUAAAUGCUUAAAUCCCUGAAUUCUUUAUAGAUAUAUAUAUAUAUAAAAAAAAAAAAAACGUGCAGCUGGCAUUUAUUUUACGUAAAUAUUGCUAACUAAGAGGCAGGUCAGUAAGGAAAUCAGCUGGAGCCAUAUGUAAACAAAGCUUUUUCCGUUGAAAAUUCUCGUGAGUAAAUGCUUAAAUCUUUUAAUUCUUUGUAGAUAUGGACGUGAAACAGUCUUGAUUCUUGGAUAAAAGCCAAAAAAAUCAUGCAGGUAGCAUUUAUUUUACGUAAAUAUUGCGAACUAUGAGGCUAGUCCGUAAGGAAAUUAGCAGCCGACAUCUUUAAACAAAGAGCUUUUUCCGUUGAAAAUUCUUGCGAAUAAAUGCUUAAAUCCCUGAAUUCUUUGUAGAUAUGGAUGCAAAAGAUUCUCGAUUGAUGCAGGUAGCAUUUAUGUUACGUAAAUAUUGUGAAGUAUAAUGCCAAUGCUGUAGCGGUUAAUUUCUCCCAUUGAUUUUUUUCUCGACAUUUCAAAAUGAAUGCAUGGUACGAAAACUAAUAAUUACUUUGAAUCCUAGAACAAAUCACUCCUGAGCAGUGUUGUUAGUAACGGUGUUACUAACGGCGUUAUUUUUUUCAUUAGUGAGUAAUCUAAUUACUUUUCUCAUCUUGGCAACGCCGUUACUGAGGCGGGAAAGGCGUGCGUUACUAUGCGUUACUAAAUUGGUUGAAUAAAAAAAGUCUGAGAGAGAAGGACUCACGAAGACGAGAGAGCGGAGCAGGAGUGGGAAGACGCCGUUGCAAACGCGAUGCUAGAUGGCUCCAAUAAUACCUAAAUGUAGCCGACAGCCUACAAACUACGCCCACAUGAUGCUUCGUUGAUAUCACAUAUACACAGAACUAGACUGGUACAGGGUACAGAUUAGUAAACUGUGGGUACAGAUUACUAAAAUGUACCCACAGAUUGCUAAACUGUGGGUACAGUUAUCUGUGGGUACAGAUUGGUAAUCUGUGGGUAAAGAUUGCUAAACUGUGGGUACAGUUUAGUCAUCUGUGCGUACAGAUGACUAAAUUGGGGGUACAGAUUAGCUAUGAUUUUUUUCCCCCUACCCUGGCACCCGGGGGGCUCCGUUCAAUAAGGUAUUGUACACAUUUAUAAAACGCUUGUUUCUUAACUAUGUGUUUGCCAAAAUGUCAAGUAUCAAACAAAAACAUACCGUUUGGGUGUAGUAGAUGAAUUAAUAUGUCUAAAACAGUUUUGCCCACGCAACAAUCUAAAAUUAAGUCGGUGUUUGCAGUUUCUUGUUUGCUACAACAAAAGCAAUUGAAAAGGACGUACUCCUACUUACCAAUUAGCAGGUGGUAAGCGUCAUCUUUCCCAGUGUAUAUGAAGGCAGCAUUAUUUUUAUUUAUUUAUUUAUUUAUUUAUUUAUUUAUUUUUACACAUAUUUAAAAAUGGUUGGGGCACGAAGAAGAACUUGUGGAAUGGUGAGAUUGGGGCACGAAGAAGAACUUGUGGAAUGGUAAGAAACGUAAGUGUUUUUAAAAACAUUAUCGACAAAGUUGUUUUUUACGCUAGCACAAUAACGUACUGUGCACAUUUAUAAAACUAAUUUCUUAACCAAGUGUUUGCUAAAAUCCCAAGUAACAAAAACAUAACGUUUGGGUGUAGUAGGUUCAUUAAUAUGUCUAAAAUACCUUUAAACAAGCCAAAAUCAAGUCCGUGUGUGUUCUAUGUUUGCUACGUCAUGUUUUUCAUUGUCAUUUCCCGAUCGCGUUAACGCUCAUCUUUCCCACAGCAUGUGAAGGCAGCAUUACUUAUGCGCGUCCGGGUUUGGCCCGGCCUCCUCGCCUCACCUGCCUGCUCCACAAGUAACGACGAAAAAGACAAGAAAACAUGAACCAAGUCGGUCACAAAGUUGUGGAGGAAAAUUGGGGACGCGCAUCUCCGCACCCAAGCGUGAUCGACUUAAACGUGGGCGGGCAAAGUUUCUGCACCAGCGUGGAGACGCUAACCAAGUACCCUGAGUCCAAGCUGGCCGAGUGGUUCAACGGACCCCCGAAACUUCCCAGGGACGCGCGGGGACACUACUUCCUGGACCGCGACGGACAGCACUUCGGGGCCGUUCUGGAGUUCCUCCGGUCCGGGAGACUGCCCGUCCGCGAUAUCCCGCAGGUUCACAAGGAAUCGGUGUACUACAACGUCCAGCUGCUGACUAAGCGAUUGGAGGAAACUCCCGAGUUGUUUGGCGAGUUGGUGGGCAGGCAGAAGUUUCUGGCCAGAGUUCCACACUACAAGGAGAACAUAGAGGUUCUAAUCCGCAUCGCCCGCUCUGAGGCGGUGGCUUCCCGCCGCUCUACCGUGGUGAUCUGCGUUCUGCGGACAGAGGAGGACUUGGCUAGCUUCGACGACGCCUUGAGAAUGCUGCGGGCUAACAAGGAUUCCGUUGUGACGUUCGGACCGUGGAACACGGGGCCCUCAGGCGCCGACUUGCUGGAGUGCGUGAAGAAGGACAUCCGGAGUCAGGGCUACACAGUGGACGUCCAACCUCACGUGGGGGAGAGGAAAUUCCUAGGCCGAAGCAACAACUUUUUCCAUACGAUGACCUUUACCUGGUGGUGACGUCUGUAUUUCUUCAGGAAUAGCAGAAGGCAAAUAAAUACCUUGUUUAAACUGACUAAAUGGACUACAUACUUGAAUGUAGAAUCAUUGCUCUCAUGGCUUGGACACAACGCAUUGAGGGUGCUAGACGUCCAAUCCAUUCGAAGCGGAAGGGUGGCAGCGAAUGAAUGUUCGUUCAUUCGCUGUCAACUCUCCCACUUCAAAUGGAUUGGACGUCUACUUGUGAUGAACUUGUUUUAAAUCCACGGGUAUUGUAUGAAAAGACUUCCCUUCCCCUACCAAGGUGGCCACCUACGGCCAUCUUGGUAGGGGCAGUGAAACGUUCUCAUGUAAGUCUGUGUAUUGACACUUGAAUGAAGUCGGCCUCUGCUACACGUCCAACAGUUUUUGUCCAAAUCACGUCAUUUAUGCAGCAAACAUUUCAUGAUACUGAAGCGCAACAGGCCAUUAUUUUUUUUGCGGCAAGAAAGUACGGUUCCUCCAAAAUUUGCCCAAAACUCAUUCAUUCAUUCAUUUUCACUGGCCCUAUUUGCCAUUCCAUUGACAGCAAGUGACCAGUUAUUCAACAUGAAAUAUUCCCUGAAAUAGACCAGAAGUGACCCCAAAUUGCUCCUGAAACAACAAGAAGUGACCCAAUAUCAACGGGGACUGACCCUAAAAUGCCCCCAAAUAAACAGGAAGUGACAUGUAAUCGGCGGGAAGUCCCAGAUGCCUCAAAAUCAAUAGGAAGUGACCUUGAAAUGCCACCAAAUCAACAGGAAGUGACUCAUUUUACAGGAAGUGGCCUGAUAUCAACAGGAAGUGAGCCUAAAAUGCCCACAAAUCAACAGGAAGUGACCAAAUGUGAAAAGGGGGUGACCUUAAAAUGGCCUCAAUCAACAGGAAGUGGCCCGAUAUUUACUGGAAAUGAGUCCAUAUCAACGGGAAGCGACCCUGAAAUGCCCCCAAAUUAACAGAAAUGACCCUGAAAUGUCCCCAGGUCAACUGGAAGUUACCCUGAAAUGCCCCAAACUCAACAGGAAGUGAUUUUGAAAUGCCCCCAAAUCAACAGACGUGAGCCUGAAAUGUCAACAGGAAGUGAAGUGACAGGUAAUCUACAGGAAGUCCUAUAUGCCUCAAAAUCAAAAAGUGAACUUGAAAUAACCCCAAAUCAACAGUACUGAGCUUGAAACGUCCCCAAAUCAACAGGAAGUUACCCUGAAAUGCCCAAACAUCUAAAGGAAGUCCGAGAUGCCUCAAAAUCAACAGGAAGUGACCUUGAAAUGUCCCCAGGUCAACAGAAAGUGACCCUGAAAUGCCCCAAAAUCAAAAGGAAAUGAUUUUGAAAUGUCCCCAGGUCAACAUAAAGUGACCCUAAAAUGCCCAAACAUCAACAGGAAGUGUCACGUAAUCUACAGGAAGUCCCAGAUGCCUCAAAAUUAACAGGACAUGACCUGGAAAUGCCCCCAAAUUAACAGAAGUGACCCUGAAAUGUCAACAGGAAGUGACCCUAAAAUGCCCCAAAAUCAACAGGAAGUGACACUAAUCUACAGGAAGUCCGAGAUGCCUCAAAACCAACAGGAAGUGACCUUGAAAUGCUCCCAAAUCAACAGAAAUGACCCCAGAAUGCCCCCAACUCAACAGGAAGUGGCCUGAUAUCAACAGGAAGUGACCCUGAAAUGCCCCAGCAGCAACAGGAAGUGACACGUAAUCAACAGGAAGUGACCUUGAAAUCCCCCCAAAUCAACAGAAGUGACCCUGAAAUGCCCCAGGUCAACAGGAAGUGACCCUGAAAUGCCCCCAAAUCAACAGACGUGAGCCUGAUAUGCCCACACAUCAACAGGAAGUGUCACGUAAUCUACAGGAAGUCCGAGAUGCCUCAAAAUCAACAGGACAUGAUCUUGAAAUGCUCCCUGUGACGAGGUUUACA